AUGGCUACUCAAAAAGCUAUCUUCCUCACUCAGAAAUUCGGCGACUUCGUGGUCGGCGAGACGAUCAAGUACAAACCCGGGCCGGGCGAGAUCCUCAUCAAAGUUCAAGCAGCCGCACUGAACCCAGUUGACUGGAAGAUCCAGAAAUAUGGGGUGUUCGUCGACGCCUACCCGGCGAUUCUGGGAACUGACCUCGCUGGCGAAGUGGAGGAGGUUGGCGAUGGAGUUAAGGAGUUCAAAAAGGGCGAUCAAGUUGUAACCCAAGGCCAGUACAAUGCGAACGACAAGGCCGGUUUCCAGCAGUACGCUUUAGCUCUUUCAUCGACGGUGUCGAAGAUUCCUGCUAAUGUCACAGUGGACGAAGCCUCCACUCUCCCCGUCGCCCUCACCUGUUCAUAUGUCGCCUUCUACAACACAGAGCCAAAUGGACUUGGAUUCGAACCUCCAAUCACACCUCAUGCUCAAGGAAAAUAUGCUGGGAAACCCGUCGUUAUUCUCGGAGGCGCAAGCUCUGUCGGUCAAUUUGCAAUCCAGCUCGCUAAGUUAUCAGGAUUCUCCCCGAUUAUCACCACAGCUUCUCUCAAACACGCCGACUUCCUGAAGUCUCUCGGCGCCACCGCUAUUCUUGACAGGAACCUCUCAUCCAUUGAACUGAAGGCCGAAAUAUCUAAGCUCACAAGCUCUUCUAUCGAUGCUGUGUACGACUCCAUCUCCCUGCCUGCCACUCAGCAGAUCGGUGCAGACCUCCUUUCACCUUCUGGACGACUCGCUACCGUGCUGCCUCCUCCUGAGAGUUUGAAGCUGGACGCCAACAAGAGAAGCAUAGUUGUUCUUGGCAUGCUGAGGAAGCCAGAAAAUAUUGAGUUGCUGGAGAUCUUCUACCACGACCACCUCGAGUCAUUCCUGGAAAAAGGUCUAAUCAAGCCGAACAGAGUUGAGGUCUUACCAAACGGCCUCCCGGGGAUCAUCGCGGGCUUGAAGAAAUUAGAGACGGAAGACAUCUCGCGUUUGAAGCUCGUUGGUCGCCCAUAG